UUUCGCUUCUUUGCCACUGUCUAUCUUACCCACACUUACGUAAUGAGCAAAGCAUUCGGUCGCAGAGAUACAUGGUGGUGGCCAUGCAAUUCUGAAUUCUCAGUUUUUUUUUCGCAUAUGGUUUUCUGGUUUGCAUUUGUGUGCGUGUAUGACACACACCGAUAUUUCUUCAAAUACACCAAACAAAAUCACAAGCGACUCGCUUUGUUAGUAAAAAUUAAUGGGCGAAUUGAAUACUUGAACAACGUAAGCAGUGUAUAGCAGUAAAAACGCAUAGAGAGCUAGAGCAUUCGACUACAACACGAAAGAGUCAAAGCAACCAACGAAAUAAGAAAAUCAAUCAAAUAAAAUCCAUACAAGCAACAACAAAACAAGAGGUGAUUCAGUUUAAUCAAAAAUUAAUCCGACAAAAAAAUAUUGUUUUUUUUUCCCAUGGCGUAGUGUAACUACAGCUUAGUUUUAAGACAAAAAAAAGAAGAAACGGAUUAAUUGUGACAUAGAAAAGCAAGCAGCUCAUUGUGUUUCAAUUGAAAACAGUUGCGAGAUAGAAAGAGGAAACAUCUUAAUUCACCGAUACGAACACAGAAGAGAAAAAAAAAAUUCUGUUUGAACCAUCGUUUCCCGAUUGAAUCAAUUGCAGUUUACCGACCGAUUAAAUGUGUUUGAACAAUUGAGUUUGAUUUUAGUUUGAAAGAAUUUUAGUUCAUUUGCUCGUUGCAACUAGAUUCAUUGUCGAUUUUAUGUGUUUUAUGUCAUCGUGUUCCGCAAAUUCAUUGUAUUAUACAUCAAAAUUUUUGUUUCGUUCCGUUCUGAGCCGAGAAUUUGUCGACUAAUUUCAUUUCUUUCUUACAGUGUGUUUUUUUUUUCUUUCAAAGUGUGUAUUGUUGUUGUCGUCAUCGUCAUCAUUGUGAAUUUGUCGAUCAUCAACAAAUGAAUUAAAAAUCGAAAAAAAAGAAUAAAUUUUAAAUAUUUCAAUGUAAUCAAACAAAAGAAUAAAUCGUGAAAUUGCCUUUAAACGAAACGAACAAAAGAGAGAGAGAGAAAAAAAAAAGAUUUGGUGGACAUAUGUCGAAACAGUUAGCUAUAAGUUGCGAUUUAGAAUUAAAUGCAUGAGAAGUACAGCCGAUUCGAUUGCUGCUGCUGCCGAAUUUGAUUUACAAUCAUAUCAACAAAGAGCUGUUUGAAGAGCAACGCCACGCAACGCCAAACAAAAAAACACAACAAUUCAAGAGAAAUCUCUCUUUUUAAUUCAGCAUCAAAAUGGACGGUCUUAUUAAAAUUGGAGCCAGCGUCAACAUAAAAAGAACCGAUGGUAAGUAGUACAAUGCAUUUCUCUCUUUCUAUCCAUAUCACCAUCCAUUUGUGUUUGUUCUAUGCAAUAGUGUGAAAAUUUCAGUGCAUUUCCCCAUGUUGUGGAUGCUGACAACCGAAAGGCAAAAAAAGCGAAUAUUCCUUCGGCAAAAUGGCAAGCUAUUCCAAUUGGAUUCGGCCCAUUUCGAACGAAAAAAAGUCCCAUCGAUGCGCCGACCACGGUUUUGAUUCAAUUUAGUUUUUUUCUCUCUCUCUCUCUCGUUCAAUGUAUGUGCCUAUCUAUUGUGCACCGCACUUUCGAAUCAUUUCAAUGAAACAGAAAAAAAGCACAACACAUAAUUUCCUUUGUGUUUAAUAGAAUGUUGGACAGUUUGGUGAGUUGACAAAUAGGUUGAGUCGCAUUAUUGGCCGUGUGUGUCGUCAGCUUGGUUUGUUCUCUAAUUCGGUUUUCAACGGAGCGGCCUGUGUGUGUCUGAAUAUUGUGUGCAUUUUGGUACAGUUUGUUUGGUGCGGAGAGCUCAUAUUUUGUUUGAAAUUAUUGCUACGGCGACAACACCAAAUCGUGUAUCGAAAAAAAACGGUGCCCGUUCACAGCCUUUUGUUCAGUCACACACACACCGAUACCGACACAGACAUAGGCACAUAACCAAUUCGACUAUUUGGCAAUAAUAACAAAGAGAAACGCGUGAUAAAUACAAAAUGAUAUUUAUCCGCAUUUGUUAUUAUUUGGUUGCAUUUCAUUCUGGCGUGCCGUAUUGCCAUGGCAAAGAAAAGAGACGGCCAAACAUAGGAAAUAAGUUAGACGCGUAUUUGUGUGACGCGCACACGGCCCUUGCACAAUAACGAUUUCUGUAUGGAAUAAAUUUUUCGUUGUUUUUUUCUCAUCUCUCUCGCGCGUUGCUCUUCGAUUCGAUUCCGAAUUGCGUGGGAUUCGGGUAACUUUCAAUCUUUCCAGCGAUUCGCUGUGUUUAUGCCGUUUUUUUCGCCAAUACCUCUGCCAACGAGUGCGACAGAAACAGCGAACUAACACAACCAACAAUUAAACCGAAUGGAAAUGAAUCAUUUUUAUCUUUUUUUAUUGAGUGAAGCGAAUGAAAAAGAGCGUAUUGCCAAUACACAGAAACAAUGGCUAUGGCUCAGAUGUUAAGCGAAUAAAUUGAUCACGGAAUGAGCGGCAGAGAGAGAGAGAGAGAGAGAGAGAGAGAGAGAGAGAGAGGAGGAGAAAAAAAUUGGCCAAAAAUCAUUAUAUAGCAGAUUUUCUAAUCAUUUCUUCAACUCAAGAGAGAUUCAUUGCUUCGAAUUUGGCAUGAAUUCACCAAUGAUUUGCCAUUGUAUGACAAUGUGAUGUUUAGGCAAACAAUUGAUUGUAAAUGGGAUUAUAAAAAUGAAGGUAUUAAAUUGUAAUUAUCUCAAGUUGAGCACACAGGCCAAACGAGAGACGAAACGAAUGCAUGCAGACACGAAUUUGGUACAUAGCAACUCACUGCGAAUACUAUCUAAUGAUUAUCGAAAACAAUGAGCAAGCAAGCACAGAGACUGCGAGGGAACAAUUGAGAAAUUACGUUUCAACGUUGUUCAGCUCCCCAUUUUUCGUUCGUUCAUUUGUGAGCCGCAAUGGCACAUUCAGUUGUUUGUUACUUCGUCAAAUUACACCAAACGAUUUGCAAGUAUUGAUGGCCCGGCGGCGGCAACGACUACGACAGCGAUAACGACGUACAUUGUCAAAUGUGUAUUGUUAUAACGAGCGUGAAACUUGCACUUUUUCCAGCAGUUCGUCAAGCGGCAUUGUUUAGACUGGGUAAUUCAACAACCAAUUGAACAUUGUGAAAUAUAAUCAGUUUUUAUUUCGUGAGCCCACAUUUUUGGUCGUCAAAAUUCCGAUCGAAUUUAUCGAUCCGUACAUUUCAUACGUCAGUAGUGCGACAGGGAAUGUGCUGAGAUUGAAAAAUUUGACAAGCACAAGACAAAUGAGUAAACAACCACGAAAAUGUCAUUUUUUUCUUCUUCCGAAUUUAGUUCACAGUUCGGACGAGUGUGUCCAAUGCUUUUCUUUUUUACGUCAAAAAAACCUAAAAAACGCUCGAAAUCGUUUCGAGUCUGUUUGUUUGCUUGCUCAGUUCAAUGGAAUCAGAGAUGAAGCAAAACAAUUUUUUAUUUAUUUAGAUAUGUUUUUAUUUCGUUCGUCUCGGUAGCCACCAAACAGAACGAGAUAGUGGGCACUGUUAUUGGUUGUUCCCGCAAAGUAUUUUGGUUGUUCGUUAAAAGUUUUGUUGUUGUGGUUUGCUCGUGUUACUAAACUAUUUUACAUACCAAUGGAAAUUAAUGGCUGUGUCAGUACAUGGUUAAAGAAAACAUGCGUCGAUGUUUUUUUUUCCGUCUUCGGUCUGAUUUUAAAUGAACGCGAGAGAAGAGAAAUAAAAAAUAGCGCGCGAAUGGUAUUUUAAUGUUUUUUAUUUGGCCAUAGGCUGACUCUAUGGCAUAUUCUAGGUCAUCAACGAUUGAAUUUUUUGUUUCUGGUCUGUGGAUGUGUUCGUAGGUAUUAUUUUACCACCACGUACUUUCUCACCUUUUCCAUUCGCUCUCUUUUUCUCAUGGUAAUCCAAAUAAAACAAAAACAAUAUCAUCGACUUCGUGCACCAAAUUCGUUGAGAAGCGUCGACUCAAUUUGGUUUGAAAUGCACAUAAGAAAAGUCCAAUAUCGAUUUUUGUGUGCUCCGUUUUAUAUAGGCGUACGGUUCGGGUGUGCGGUGCACUACUUGGAUUAUUUGACAGCAAAAUUGCUAGCUAUUGCUCUAGCGCUGGACGAUGGGUUUCAUUUUAAGUGUGACUUAUUUUGUAUGUUCAUCCUGUCAAUCAAAUUGGCCAUAUACACACAGAUUGAUCGUUUGAAGGCACACAAUACCAGUCAAUAUUUGCAAAGAGACGUUACAUUGUAGUUUACUUUUUUUUUACUCCAUUCUGAUAUUAAACCGUAAUACAGUUCACCGCUAAUUCAAACAUUAUGGCUCAUAAAUUGCUUUAUUCUUUUCAUCGCGCUGAACAAAAGCAAAUCAUGGCGAAUCCAAGACAAUCAAGCGCUGCAGAAAAAAAAUUGUUGCAUUUGACCCAUAUUCCAAUCGUUGUUCGCCUUACAUUGUCGACCAAGUUUGCCACUAGAAAAAAAUUCAUCUUAACGUCAUUCACGGCAAGCACGGCAAGCACGGCAGCACUGAUUUACGUUGCGCCAAAAAGCGCUAUAGUAGUCGAUCGAAAAAUGCUCAAGCCAUGAAAUUUGAAUACAAAAUUACUUGACAACCGAUAAAGCAAACGGCUCGCGCGUUUUAUUCGUAACACAAACAAACCAAGCAUAUUCAUAACAACCACUGAAAAUGAAAAAAAAAACAAACAAACAACAAACUCAAGUGUAAAUACUUGAAACGUAGAUUUUCGUCUCUUUUUCGCUCUUUGUCAUUGGAUCUGGAUCGCAUUCGUAUUUCUCUUUUUCGAUUCAAAUCAUUCGAACGAACGAACGAAAAAAAAAACUAUUCCAUUAUGUCGUUUACUAUUUAUCGCUUUUUUGUGUAGGUUGAUCGUUUGGUUUCAAAUUCGUUUGACGAGGAAAAAAAACACGACAUGGCCAAACUUGAUUAAAAAUCAUCAAUUGAGAAUUGAAUGUGUCGGUUUGCGUAGCUGGCGUCCAAGUGAGCUGAGAUUCAUAUUCUCGGCCUGUGCAUAUCAUGCUCGUGCCAAUGUGCACUUUUUCUCUCUCACACUCACACCAUCGUGUACAAAAUAUUACGUUUUGUACCUUUUUGAAUUGGAUUUUUCAUUCAAUUGCUAAUGGCACUAAUGCACGACAUGAAAUGAUCGCACACUUCCACAUAACAACAUUAGAUACUUACACGAGUUUUUUCUUCUUCUUCUUCUCGUCUUUACAUCACUCUAUUGCGAUCCCAUUUAAUUACGGUUUUUGAGAGAGUUUUUUUUUUUAAUUUUUUCCCCGGUAAUUGUUACACCAUUGCAUCGAGUGACUUAAGACAGUAGCUGAAAAAUUCACACAGUGAUAUGAGCAUUUGCUCGAGUGAAUGUCGGUUGUUUGAAUGGAAAAUGGAAUAUAAUUAAUCCACAGUCACACCGCGCACCGACAUGCAUUUCAGCCAUCGGCCAUAAUGUUUUAUGUGUGCGUGUGUGUGUGUGUGUGUGUGUGUGUGUGUGUGUGUGUACUUCAUGGAUUCAAUGUAUCACUCGACAGCAACCAACUAUCGCCGUACAUAAACUGGUAUUUUCUUUUUCUCAUUUUUUUUUAAAUUUCAUUAUAACACAAAUCAUAACGAUAAUAAUUCUUCGAAAGUGCGCUUUUAUUUCAUAUCUCAGAAAAGCCAUUAUUUCAUUUAGUAUCUGUUUCAUAACGUUUCCAUGGCUGGGGAAUUUUCGUUGGUGCCGCACAACGGCAUUCCCACAUGAAUACACAGUCACCAAAAAUUGCUUCAAGAGAAAGAACAAUUGACAAUUUUCUUGACGAUGGCGGAAAUGAGAAUGAGAAUGUGAAUUGAAAACAAAAUCGAGAAUGUGAGUCUAUAACAAGAGAGUUCUAUGUGGAUUCUUAAUAUAUAGGAAAUACGCAGAAAUAUUACUUAUAGAACCGUUGAAGGAUGAACGACAUCGAACAGCGUUCAACGUUUCUUUUCGUUCGCUAUCGAACGAUUAUUCAUUAUUCACACUUAUGUCCACGUAUAUAUGCGUCAUGGCAUUAGCACAAGUAUUCAAUAAACACAUGAGAUCGCAUAAUGCGAUCAACAAUCACACAAGACGAAUAAGUGACCCGAACGUUAUGUUAGCCAUGGAGAGUAUGAUUUUUGGCUUUGGCUCAAAUGGUUUUUGGAGCGAGACGCAUUAUUCGAAAAAACAAAAUUUCAAAUCUAUUGAGUCAAUAGUAUUGGCUAUUAAAAAUCGUUAAUAAACGAAAUAUCAUCUAUUAAACCAUCCGAAUCAACAUUCAAAUUGACCAAUUUAACAUUGUUUGUCCGACAUUUGAUCACCCAGCACGGGCUGGCACUUUGAAUGACAUUAGCCACCGAUGACUUUGAGAUUAGGAGAAGAAAAAAUUGCGGUUUAUUGCCUUUUAGUCAAUUAAGAACGAAAUGAAUUGGCAACCAAACACACGAGGAAAAAAAACAAUGUGUUUUUAUGGUGGAAAUUGUAAUUUUUCAUAUCAAUUGAAGUGACCUCGGUGAGAUCAGACCGAGAGUGAUGCAUAAGUGUGAAAAAAGAAUGAGAAUAACGAGCGCAUGGAAUUUCAAACUGAGCAUCGAGAAUAGUCGAGAGAGAACGGAGUAGUAACUUAGUCAAGUUGAGCAACGCGUAAUAAACAGCUCUUUUUUUACAAUUUGUUAGUAUGCGUGCGCCUCUUCCUGUCGCUUCUAUCCAUAGAGAUUUUUUUUUCUGUCCGCCGUACAACGAAGUUAGUGCACAUUCAUCAUACUCGACAUUCGUAUGGAACAUUUCCAGCUGGCAACUUUUUUUUUAUUGCAUUUUUUCCUGUGUCGUGGCUUUGAAUUCGAAUGAGCUGUGCCGUGAGUGAUAGAGAAGCUCGAGCACUGAAUAACAAAAUGAGCCAGCACCAGCGAAACAUUGCCUGUCACACUUUAGGAGAGCAAGAGAAGAAUGAAUGAGAAGAGAAAAAAAACAGCAACUCGUGCAAUCGAUUCAUUGCCAUAAAUGGUCUUAAGACGCCCAUACACAAAAUGCUCUCCUGUUCAACGUGACGCGUUUAUGUGUUGCUGCUUUUUUUCUUCUUCUUCUUCUUCUUCAUUCAAUCCACUUCUUCAUUGCCGUCAUUUUCAUGCUACUUCGAUAUGCAAUUGGAUAUUCAUAUUUUAAACGGUGCUGAGACAUAUUCAAUUUUCAUUUCAUUCCGUUUCGGGUUUUGAACGAUUUAGUUCUGUUGCAUUUCACUUUAUUUAGUUAUAGCUCUGACUAUUGAAUUACAUAGUAUCCGCGGCGAUGCCUUGAAUUGCAAAACCAAAAAUUACCAAUAAAAAUCGUAUAAUCGUAGAGCAGAAAAAUUGGAUGAGUUUCAAACUAAAGCAUUGGAUCGAUGUUGGUGGAGAGAAAAAGAACGAUGGUUUUCCGUUUGAUGCUAAAAUUAAAUUCGAUGUCAUCGAAUAUAAACGAAGCCCAUACAUUUUCCAUUCGCACAAUGUGUAGUACAAUAACAAAACAAGAGAUCCGACCAUGACGACGACAACAUCAGCACCAGAAACAGCAACUCUUUUGACUGGCACUCAUGAAUGACAUCGACGAAACCAUAUUUAAUUUCGCAUUCUCCCUCUCUCUUUUCCACUCGCAUCUUCAUCGGUGCACAUACACAGCAUGACCUUGACCUUAACAUACACGUUUGCGUUUCCAUUUCCAUUUUAAAAUCAAUUGCAUUGAAUGCGCAUUUUGAGCGCAUUACCCAUCAAAUGCGUUCGAUUCGAAACAGCGAUUCGUUAAUUAUUAUGAUUACACGUGAGUCUCUCUACAAUUUACAUUUUGAUUCUAUUCUCGAUCAUUCUCAUUCAGCACUCCAAUGGGGAAUAAAUGGCCAAACAAAUGUCGAGUUCUUUCGAUUCAGUUUUGUUUUUGUCUCUGAUUGUUCUUGUUGUUUCGGUCAUUAAAAUUGGAAAUGUUCCCGAUCCCAUGAACCAAUUUCGUCGGUUUAUUUUUUUUUCAAUUUUAAUCAAAUAUAAAACACUUGAACGCGCUCCCUAUUCGCCGUGCGAAAUUGUGUUAUUGAAUGGCAGAUGCAAUUUAUUUAAUUUAUGCAUACAAAUAAUUGAACAAGCAGCAAAGUGCAGUGCAUACACACAACACAGUGCUCAUCGAGCGCUUAGGUGUGCGCUUGUGUGCAUUUGAUCUAUGAGUUUCGUUUGAUUUCGAACCACUGCAAACAGCUGAGAGAGCUCGACGGUCGAACCAACGGCGAAUGAGAGUGAGAUGGCAGAAAGUCCAAAGCGAGAAUAUAAAUCAAUAAAAGUGCCACAACAAACGCAACGGUUCAGAGAGAAACAACAGUUUUUGAAAUACGAGAAUGAGAAUAGUAGGAGCAAUAGAUAUAUAUACACUGAUAAAAGGACCAUAUUUUAUUAUGAAGCAAAAUGAGCGAUGAAAAAAAAGCGCGAGCCAUGGAGUUUAAGACAAGCUUGUUGCUGUCAUUAAAACGGAACGCCGUUAUACGUGCGUUUUGUACACACAUCGCCAUGUAGAAACAAGGCAACAACGACAACAACUACGGCAAACAACAAAUAGAGAUUUUCAGUCUGACAAAAUGAAACUAACUAUGUGGCAGUUAAUUAAGCGUAACACACUAUGUAAUCAAAUACAAGAGCAAAGAAAUUUGUUCGUUGAACCAUUGUUUUUGUGCAGUCGCUUUGUGUAUGUGUGUCGUCAUCAUCGUCGGAGUCGUCGGAGUCGUCGUUUGAUGUUUGAUAUUGCUUUGUUGGCAAAAGCAACAAUCACGCAUACAAGCCACGCUGGGCCAUCAUAACAGAGCAUCGCAAGCAUUGUCUCUUGUCCACAAACCAUAAUUCUAUCUAGAAUCUGGUCAAAUAUUCAUGCCAACACUAAUGAUUACAUGCAACAUGCACGGUAACGAAAAUGCCUGAGAGAGUUGCUAUUUUCCAGCUAUGGAUAAUUUCGGUGAAUUGUAAAAUGGGUUAUUGUGCGUUCACAGUUUCAAAAAGACAUUUCUCCAUAAAUUCAGAGAGAGGAGAGAGAGAGAACGAAACUGGAUUCUCGGGUAAACAACAACAAUCAAGGGCUUGAACUAUCAUCAUUUUACCUUGUGCUGAAACAUAAUAAACAUGAAUCUCUUCUCUAACUACACAUCGUUCGUGUGCUUUUGAUGCUGAAAUGUUUGUGAGAAACGCCUGUUUUUAACCAAAUUAUAUGUUUCUCUCUUCCCGUACAACCAUAAGUUUCAUGUGAUUGAACAAAUGAUUUCAUUCGAAUUUUCAACAAUACCGAAAUAUUUCAAUUCAUUAAAUUCCAAUCAUCUCUCGAUUAAAUGAUAUUUAAUUGAUGUCCAUGUGCAAUUUUCGGCAAUAUGUUUCUAUUUGCAUCACACAUAUUAAGCACACAAUCAAUGAAUGGAGACCUCAUUUGGAGUCAAUUAAUCAUGUUCGACUCAUAAAUAAAAUCAAAGAGGAACAAAUUGAUAGGAAAUCAAUUGACAUUGAGAAAAAAAAACAAGUUUUCUCUAUGUCGGCAUUCAAAGAAGAUGAAGAAUUGGUGGAAUCAAAGAAUAGAACAUAAAAAGUAUGAAAAGAGAAACUAAAAACGAAGCAAAAAUCAAAACAGAGCAAGAGAAAGAGAAAGAGAGGGAUAAAACCUCUGCAAAAUACAAUGUAUACAUAGCAAAUCUGAGCUGAUGAAAAUUAGAAAUUUCCAAGAGAUUCAAAUCAAUUCCCGAUCAAGUUCACUCAUUGUAAUACCACCAGAACAAUAGAGAUAAAGCCGCUACAAAUCCUGAUUUCCUCCGUUCUAAUCAGCAAUCGGUGAUUAUCAAUUUAAGUUUUGAAUCAAAGCGUGGUGAUGAUGGUGCUGUUUGUGCUUUAAAAAUGCGAUUAAAUUCAACGGGAUUUGAUAAAUAUAAUCAGAAAUGGAAAUAUUGAUAUAAGAACAGGUGAAUGCAAUCGCGCGUCAUCAUAUAAUCCAGCACACGCUUGAAAAUGUCAUGCGAUAAAUUUGAUGACACAUUUUGUGCCCGUAUUGGAAAUGAGAGAUAAAUGAACGAGCGACGACGACGACUCGUGACUAUCGAUUGUAGCAGCAUCGUGUUGAAUCCAACUAUGGCACACUUGAUCAUUUCUAUUUCGAGAGUUGUGUGCACGUUUGAUGCUAAUCAAUUAUCCUGUUCCGCAAUGAAAAUGUGAGAGGAGUAUUUAAAAAUCAAUUAAUUAAUUCCUUGAUUCCGCUUUUUUUUCACUCUUGCCUCGCUCCUUUUGUUUGAGCGCGCACUUGAAAAAAAAGUCAGCCUACAUAGGAAAAAUGAGCUGCUUGAUUUAUGCAUGAGUGCUUGGCAGCAACAACAACAACAACAACGACGAUGACAACGACGACGACGAAUGAAAUGAGAUUCGGUACAAAUUAACCAUUUUGGGGUCUGCAAGUGUUUCAUGCUAUUUUUAAAACGUUCUGGGAUAUCUGAUUGACGGUCAGGUUCUACAUAGUUGUGUUGUGACAUGUUAUUUCUUAUUCCUUCUUGUAUCGCACUUGUGAAUUAAUCAUUUAUUUUCGUUCAUUCGCAUCUGAAACCCGUUGUGGUGUACGAGCGAGCGCGCACUCAGAUCGAUGACUCACCGGGCCAAUUUUUCUUGUGCUCAUAUAUAGCCAAAGAAAUACACGGGCAAAUAAACAAGUCACAGCAUUCUUUUAUGUAACCAGUUUCGGCGAGCUUCAUUCUCGUCGUCGUCGUCGUCUGUGUCAAUUUGGCGUUUAUGUCUCGUUCUCUCGUUUCCAGUGUAAAAUGUAUAUAUACACAAACAUGUGGCCUGAAAUGAAAACACACCGACUUAUGUGGUACCAAAAAUGAAUGUCGUAGUCGCUCAUUCAAACCAAUUGGCAAUGGCAAAUCAUUACCACUACUUUGUGUUUGGCGCACACACACACACUGUAUCGAUGUGGCUGAUCACCAGAAUCGAAGCGCGAACAAAACAAACACCGAAAAGCAAGGCGCUCCAACGAAAGCAGAGAAAUAAAGAAAUAUUGGAGAAAUAUACGUGCAGGCGUAUAUUAUAAACGUUUAAGUACGGAGCGUUGCGUACAGCGACUUGCGACUCGGAAAUUUUCGGCUAAAAGCCUUAAUAACAAAUAACAGAUAAUAUACACAAUUUAAAUUAAUUUGAAACGAUGCUCUUCGGGCAAAUUGCUCGCCUGAAAAAUGAUUCAAUUUAGAUCGAACGAAAGAAGCGGGCCAAAGUGCUGAGACGAAGCGACCCAUUUCAUUGUAAAUUAAUUUAUACGAUGGCAUCGGUAAUUGAACACAAAUCAUUCGUAUGUGUUAAUUAAUAAAAUUUUCUGGCACAAUUAGCCAAUUAGUGACUGGAGUCAGAGUCUCUCUCUCUCUCUCUAUCUCGUUUUAUUCUUUUGACUCGGGUGGUUCGAUUGGCUCGUUCAGUCGUUGGUUUGUUUUAGCUUCCAUUUUGCGCGCUCAGAUGUUUACUGAUUACCCAGAUCUGUUUAGUAAACAGUGCCGACUUAUUUUCUGCAAGUGUCAAAGCUAAUUCGAUUUUCGUAAAUGAUUCAAUUUAUUAAUCAACCUAAUGAUAUGUAUACAAACACGCAAUUUCGCAUUAACAUGAUUAGUACCAUCUUUUCACUGACUGAGUAGUUUUUGCCAGAUUCAAUCUUUUUUUCCUAGCUCACUCUCCCUCGCCCUCAAUCAAAUAUCGAUUAUACCACGUCUAGACAACUUUUCAUGAUGAUAACAGUAUCACGUAAUGUAUAUGUGUAGAAAAAAAGAACCUUCUAUAGAAAUAAUAGAAAUAACACAAUUGGUGGGCUCGACAUGUAUGAAUUUCGUGCUAUCAAUCUGUUCGUCAUAUACAUUGUUUCGUAUCGGGCAAAAAUCCUAUCCCAACACACAUUAAGUAACGACUGGCUCAUUUGAUCCGGAACCGCAUCGUACGAUUUCUGUUUGUACAAGCCAAUCAAUCGAAAUUAUCUUUAAAUGGCUUUUAUUUUGUAAUGUAAUGAAUUGGAAUAGGCAGAGCCUAUCAUAAUGACGCAUUCAGGUUAGAAUAAAUAAAAGACCGAUGCGCAUUCAAUUUCAUUUCGUUUGUUACUCAAAUCGGUCAAUGCAUUUGUUGCUCAUCUAUUCGACGAAAGAAAAAAACGUUUUUUUUUUUGUUGCAACCAAAUACGAUUGAUACAAAUUCAAAGCAGAAGUAAGGAAGCUUUCACAAUGCAAACGUGCAUUGGUCAGUGAUAGUUUCGUGGCUAAAAUAAAAAAAGACACACACAAAUAAAAAUGCGGUUAUCGCGGAAGUGUGAGCUUUCAAGGUGAAUUAAUUUUUAGACGAAACACUCCAAAUAUAGAAAAUCACGACCAAUUUGACUGAACUCAAGAUAGCCAAGUGCUUUUCUUGUCGUCAUUUAUUUCAAUAUUGCCACCCAAAACGUUCGGGUUGUUUUAAAAUAGGAAAAAAAAUGACGAUAUCGCAAUUAUGUAUAUUUAUCAUCAUAAUUCUAGCAAUGGCGCUAUUCCAUUGAUUUUCUUCAUCAUUGAUGUGUCUCGUAAUUUUUAUUCGCUAUUUCAUUAUUAUGAUAACCUUGAUGGUGUUAUCAGACGCGAACGCACGCGGCGCAGUGAUUUGGCGCAGACAUUUCGAUUAUGAAAACAUACACGGAACCAAAAAGAUAGGAUGAAAAACACUCUCAAUCGGAAAUAUCAAUUUUUGAACUACACAUUAAAUAAUUGAGAUACAGUUCAAUUCAGACAUCGUUUGCUGAAGCAUCAGAAAAAAGUUGCAUGCGCCGUUAACCGAAUGAACCGAGGAAAUGGUUUAAAAGAAAAGUGAUCAAACGAAGUAAAAAAAAGAAGCAGCAAACAACUAAUUUGUAAUAUUAUUGAUCAAACAUAGUGAGCAUUUGUUUAUCGAGUCGGCGUGUCUGUUUUAGAAAAAAGAAAAUAUUUGGCUUGUGAUUUGUUGUUGUCGUUGUUGAAAUGUCGGUGGUGCGUUGAAUUUUCCGAAAGAAAGGGAGCAGCCUUAUUUUUUGUGUGGUAUUUAUUUCUUGUGUGGCUCAAUUCAAUUAAAGAGACAGUCGUCAAAAUGCCGUCGUGGCUUAAGAAACGCUUUCAAGUGUUAAGAAGAGAUUUAAUCAGUCACAUCGUGGUCGUUGGUAAAAAUCAAACGAAAUUCCAAAUCAAAGAAACCAGCGACAGAAAAUUGUGCGACAGUAACAAUAAACGCAUUACAAACAAUAUAAAAUCGCCCAUUCAGAAAAUUCGCAACGACUUGAAAGCACAACAGCAGCAGCAGCAACAACAACAACAACAACGUGUCCGUAACAAAAGUGAUAUGAAUGCAUACCAUGAUUACGCGAAGUGGCGUGACCAAGUUUUAAUAAGUCAAAACAAUUGUGCGCUACGGUGCAUAAAAGAAGAGAAAAUCAACAACACUGAUAACAACGUCGUUGAUUCACAAUGUACGGCCACCGCUGCUGCUACCACAAAUCAAACUGUGUGCACAUCAUCACUCGACAACCGGCAAAAUCACGCCAAUGAUAAAUCGACGUCGAGAGAUGGUGCCGCCGAUGACGCAAACUGUGAUAGUGAAAGUCGGAUACAUUCGGCUAUGGUAUCGAAAAUAAACUAUGACGCCCGUUCCGUUACGGUAGAAUGGUACGAGCGCAACGAAACAAAAGGAAAAGAAAUUGAAUUGGAUACGAUCCUUCAGCUGAACGCCGAAUUAGCUCAACAGGAGGAAUUGGCCGCAUCAAUGCCGAAAAUUAUCAAACAAACAUCAUCGAAUGCCUUGACGAGAGAUCAAGCGUCAAACUCAUCGGAUGAAGCGUGUGACGAUGACGAGGACGAAGAUGAAGAAGAUAGCUAUUAUGAUGAAGACGGUCAACUUCCAGCCGCAAUGGUUAUGUCCACCGAGAAAACGCCCGGUCAAUCAACCAUAUCGAAUAACGGCAGCGGUGCCACUUUAUCCAUUCGAAACGCCAAAUCGGUAUCUAAAAAAAGCAAGCCUGUAAUCAAUGAUGCGACACAAGGAAAUAUUAGGUUUAAUAGAGCUGGAAAUCAACAUUCUAUGAGUUAUGCAUCAAACGGUAACCGAACGGCUCGAGCGACUACCAAUCAACAGAACGGUCAAGGUGAGCACAUUGAAAAUAUACCGCCACAGUCACAGCUACCAACGAAAACGCCGUCAAUCCGAAACACCAGCCGAAUGUCAGUGGUUCAACCAGCACCGGCACCAGCGCCGGCCGUCAUACAAACAACUGCCACCAAUCCAACAGGACGACGAUCGUAUGUGGUCAAAGAAGUGGAACGAUUGAAGGAGAAUCGUGAAAAACGACGAGCACAACAGGCGGAAAUGAAGGAACAGAAAAAUGCACUAAUGAACAUGGAUCCGGGCAACCCGAACUGGGAGCUAGCCGCCAUGAUACGUGAAUACCAAAAUCAAAUCGAAUUCCGGCCAUUAACCGAUGGUCAAGCCAUUGAGGAUCAUCAGAUAACGGUGUGUGUGCGCAAGCGUCCAAUUAGUCGAAAGGAAAUGAUGAAAAAGGAAUUGGAUGUGACAUCGGUGCCGAACAAAGAUCAAUUAAUUGUUCACGAGCCGAAAACAAAGGUCGAUUUGACCAAGUAUUUGGAAAACCACAAAUUCCGAUUUGACUAUGCAUUCGAUGAUACGUGCACUAAUGAAUUGGUCUACAAGUAUACCGCAAAGCCUUUGGUUAAAACCAUUUUCGAGGGUGGCAUGGCAACGUGCUUUGCAUACGGCCAAACUGGUUCGGGCAAAACGCAUACGAUGGGCGGCCAAUUCAAUGGCAAAACUCAAGACUGUAAAAAUGGUAUUUACGCAAUGGCAACUAAAGAUGUGUUUAGUUUGCUAAAUGGACCGAAGUAUCGUCAUUUAAACUUAAUGAUUUCGUGCAGUUUCUUUGAAAUUUACAGUGGAAAGGUCUUUGAUUUGUUGGGUGACAAGCAAAAAUUGCGGGUGCUUGAGGAUGGUAAGCAGCAAGUGCAAGUCGUUGGUUUAACUGAAAAAGUGGUGGACAGUGUAGAAGAAGUAUUGAAAUUGAUUCAGCAUGGUAAUAUGACACGCACCUCAGGUCAAACAUCAGCCAAUGCAAAUUCGUCUCGAUCGCAUGCCGUAUUCCAAAUUGUACUGCGGCCACCGGGCUCAACACGCGUGCAUGGAAAGUUCUCAUUCAUUGAUUUAGCCGGAAAUGAACGUGGUGCCGACACAUCGUCGGCCAAUCGACAAACGCGAAUGGAAGGUGCUGAAAUCAAUAAAUCAUUGCUAGCACUGAAAGAAUGUAUUCGAGCAUUGGGAAAACAAAAUGCCCAUUUGCCAUUCCGCGUAAGCAAAUUGACACAGGUUCUACGAGAUUCGUUCAUCGGUGAGAAGAGCAAAACGUGUAUGAUUGCCAUGAUAUCGCCCGGAUUGAACUCAUGCGAGCAUACAUUGAACACACUUCGAUAUGCAAACCGUGUCAAAGAGCUGGUCGUUCAAGACCCGGAAAUGCGAAACGAUGGCGUCGAAGAAAUGGAAUCUGAUGACAACCAUAAAAAUGGUGACGCCAAUGAAAAUGAAUACGCACAUUUGAGAUCGCUUAGUGAGCAUGAUAUGUCUGACGAUUUACUCAAUCAGCAUGCAGCCAUCUCGGAAAUUCAGCAAGCCGAAGAAAUCGUUGUUGAUCAACACAAAGCAAUCAACGAAUUUUUAGCACAGUUCGUGCCAGAAUCAAUCGAUCUGUACAACAUGACAAAUAGUGUAGACUAUGAUCAAGACGCUUACAGCAAACGAGGCGAGGAGAUCUUUGCCCAAUUGGCCGAUUUGGCGACCACCUGUCGAAAUUUAAUGGCUGAUUUCCGAGGAAAGCUUGCUAAUGAAGAAAUGCUAUCACACAAUGUGCAUCCCGGCAAGCGUUAAAAUCUUAUGCUCACAUUUUGUUACACAAAAACACACAAACACAUCCAUAUUUUUUUGUUUGUUAUUUUAUGAAGAGAGUUUUUCGAAAACGUCAACAAAAGAAAAGAGAACAAUUGUGAGAAAGGAGUGAUCAGAAGGAGAGAAGGAGAGAAUAAUCCGAUUAAAAAUCAAUUUGCAUUAAUUCUAACAAAAAAAAUACAACUACUAUUCUCAUCACUUCACAAAAUAAAAAGAAAAACAAUGCUGAAAAACAAACAAACAAACAAUCCUUUACUCAAUCUAAUCAGCAAUUGUCAUAUAUAACAAAAUUCAGACAAACAAACAACAACACCAUUUGUUAAUGCUUUAAAUAAAAUUUUCUGCAAACCAAAAAUAAAA